AUCCUAAUAAUUUAAAUAUUUAUUAAUCAUUAUUUGUUUUUAUUUCUUAUUCAAAUUCUUUUAUACUUCAAUAUGAGUUCAAUUGGAACAGGGUACGAUUUAUCAGCAUCUCAAUUUUCACCAGAUGGGCGAGUGUUUCAAGUUGAAUAUGCACAAAAAGCUGUUGAAAAUAGUGGAACAGUAAUAGGACUUAAAGGAAAAGAUGUUGUAGUAUUUGCUGUUGAAAAAUUAAUCACAUCCAAAUUAUAUGAGCCAUUUACAAACAAAAGAACAUUUAAUAUUGAUCAACAUAUUGGUAUGGCUAUUUCAGGGCUAAUUUCUGAUGCACGCCAAAUUGUUGAAACAGCUAGAUUGGAAGCAGCUAAUUAUCGAGCUCAAUAUGGUGUUGGUAUUCCAUUGAAAUACUUAAAUAAUAGAAUUUCUAUGUAUAUGCAUGCAUACACAUUAUAUUCAGCAGUUCGACCAUAUGGAUGUUCAAUUAUUCUUAGUGCUUAUCAAGAUAACAAUGCUGAAAUGUAUAUGAUUGAUCCAUCUGGAGUUUCUUAUGGAUAUUAUGGUUGUGCAAUUGGAAAAGCUAAACAAGCAGCUAAAACAGAAAUUGAAAAACUUAAACUAUCUAUGAUGGAUUAUAAAGAUGUUGUCAAAGAAGCUGCUCGCAUAAUUUAUUUAGUACACGAUGAAUUAAAAGAUAAACAAUUUGAACUUGAAAUGAGUUGGGUAGGUAAACAUACUUUUGGAAAACACGAACAAAUUCCGCUAGAUAUUAAAUCAGAAGCAGAAACAAGAGCUUGUCAAUCAUUAGUUGAUGAUUCUGAUAGUGAUACAGAAGAAGUAUAAUUAUAUGUUAUUAAAUAAUUAUCUGAACAAAUAAAGUUAUUUGUAUUAUGCUAA